GGAGGGAAGAUUUUCUUACACUUUUGGAUUCUUUCCAAGUCGGUGACACUGUGAAUUUUCAACUUUGUCGUGGCUAUGCAAUGCAAGAGACAAUGGACAGUCGAAUUUAUAUAGUUCGAGGGAGGGAUCCUACAAAUCUUUUUUCAUCGGCCACCCGUGGCGGUGCUUGGCACUAUUUGUUGGUUGAUAAAGAUAAGAAAGAAGCUUUUCUUGAAAAUAUCGAGACGGGAAAUUUGGAUGUGGCAGAUUAUGGAAAAAUUUUGUGUUCAGGGUGGGGGGAAUAUCCUCCACAAGACAUUAAAGUUAAAAUGAAUGAAGAAUAUGGGACGAAGAUAGAAAUUCAUAGCCACUCAUAA